UUAAAAUUUUAUCUAUUUAGCAUAUGUAGGCAAAUUUAUGAUUAUAGCAAUUCUUUACAUGACCUCUCAAUCAUUACCGUGAUUAUUCGGAAGAAUUAUUUUUUAAAGAACAUUUGAAUAUAAUCAUAGAAUAUUAAAAUGGUUAUAUACGUAAAAAACUUGAUUUUACCUUUGUCACGGUCAAAUAUGAUAAAUUUGACAUCAGUUCGCCAUAUAAAUGCGAUGGUUAAAACAGAUUCUGUAAAAUCUUUAUUUUAUAAAGAAUAUGGAGAACCUGCAGAUGUUUUACAUGUUACAACACAACCUAUUAAUCAACCAGAAAAUAAUGAGGUUUCUGUAAAAUGGUUGUUAGCACCUGUUAAUCCAGCAGACAUAAACACAAUACAAGGUAAAUAUCCAAGUAAACCACCUUUACCAGCUAUUCCAGGAAAUGAAGGAGUAGGUGAAGUAAUAGCUAUUGGAUCUAAUGUAAAACAUUUAAGUGUUGGUGACAGAGUUAUACCAAACGGCACAAAUUUAGGAACAUGGAGAACAUAUGCAAAUUAUACUUCAGAAGAACUUAUGAAGGUUCCUAAAGAAAUUGGUACUAUAGAAGCUAGUAUGUUAAAUGUAAAUCCAUGUACUGCAUAUAGAAUGCUUAAAGAUUUUGUAAAAUUAAAACCUGGAGAUACUGUAAUUCAAAAUGGUGGAAAUUCAGCUGUUGGACAAAUGGUUAUACAAUUAUGUAAAGUAUGGGAUUAUAAGUCUGUUAGUGUUGUACGAGACAGACCAAAUAUACAAGAAUUAAAGAAUCAUUUAUCAAGUUUGGGUGCUGACGAAAUUUUUACUGAGAAUGAAAUAAGAAAAACUCAAAUUUUUAAAAGUAAAAAAUUGCCUUCACCAAAAUUAGCCUUGAAUUGUAUAUGUGGACAAAAUGCAUUGGAAGUUUCAAGACAUUUAGCACAUGGAGGUAUUAUGAUAACUUAUGGUGGUAUGUCUAGAGAACCUUUAACAGUUCCAAUUUCUGCACUUAUUUUUAAGGAUAUAACAUUUAAAGGAUUUUGGAUGACAGCAUGGACAAAAAAAAAUAUGGAUUCUAUAGAGCGUCAAAAUAUGUUUCGUGAAUUAGGAGCAUUAUUUAAAAACAAAAAAUUAAAGGCUCCACUUCAUAAGUUAGUACCAUUUCAUCAGUAUCAAGAAGCUGUUCUAAAUGCAUUACAUACAGAUGGCCGAACUGGAGUAAAAUAUAUCUUGGAUAUGACUAAACCAUAAAGUAAAUUUUUUUUCUAGAUUGUAAUUUAACAAUUUUUUAACGAUUGCAUUUUUUAUUAUACUUAGUAUCAUUUUUAUAUAUUAAAAAUGAAUGUUAAUAUGUUUAAUGCAAAAAAUAACUUAAUGAUGUUUGCUAUGAUACAUUUUGUAAUGAAUUUAAUUAAAUUAAAUUAAAUAUAUUUUUCAUUAAAACUACGAAGUAAUUUUAAAAUAAUUCAUCAUAGAUAGCAGAUAAAAAAUUAAAUAAAACUUAACUACAUUAA